AUGAAUUCUAAUAAUAUUGCCCCGCCCCCGCCGCAGGGCUACCAGCAUUUCGGCGCAGGCGCACCCUCCAAUUACAACUUCCAGUACUCUGCAUGUACUGGGCGGCGAAAGGCUCUACUGAUCGGUAUCAACUACACCGGCCAGCCAAAUGCGCUGCACGGCUGCAUCAACGAUGUUGCCAACAUGUCGUCUUUCCUGCACACCAAGUACGGGUAUCGUCGCGAGGACAUGGUCAUUCUUACCGACGAUCAGCGCAACCCGAUGAGCGUCCCGACCAAGGCCAAUAUCAUUCGCGCCAUGCACUGGCUGGUAAAGGAUGCUCAGCCUCACGAUUCGCUCUUUAUUCAUUUCUCCGGCCACGGAGGUCGCACGCCAGACUUGGACGGCGACGAGGACGACGGAUUCGACGACGUUAUCUACCCGGUCGACUACCGCGUGGCUGGCCACAUUGUAGACGACGACAUGCACGCCAUCAUGGUGAGACCGCUGCGGCCCGGUGUGCGAUUGACGGCCAUUUUCGACUCGUGCCACUCCGGCACCGCCCUAGAUCUGCCGUAUAUCUACUCGACACAGGGUGUGCUGAAGGAGCCGAACCUGGCCAAGGAAGCGGCCCAGGACCUUUUCAGUGCUAUCAGCUCGUACGGACAGGGUGACCUCUCCAGCGUCGCAUCGACCGCGAUCGGCUUCUUCAAGAAAGCCGCCAAUGGUGGCCAAGCGCGUGAGCGCACGCUCAUGACCAAAACCUCCCCAGCCGACGUAGUGAUGUUCUCCGGGUCCAAGGAUACACAAACAUCGGCGGACACGUUCCAGGACGGACAGGCGCGGGGUGCCUUGAGCUGGGCCUUUAUCAAAGCUUUGCAACGGUGGCCCCAACAGAGCUACCUGCAACUGUUAAACACGAUCCGGGCGGAACUUGACGGGAAGUAUACGCAGAAGCCGCAGCUGAGCUGCAGCCAUCCCCUUGAUGUCAAUCUCCGCUUUGUGAUGUAA